AUGGGCCAACAGAAUUUAACAGUGCUGACUGAAUUCAUUCUGAUGGGAGUCACAAGGCGGCCUGAGCUUCAGCUUCCACUUUUUGGGAUCUUCUUCAUCAUCUACAUGGUCACAGUGGUGGGCAACAUGGGCAUGAUCAUUUUGACCAAGCUGGACUCCCGGCUACGUAUACCUAUGUAUUUUUUUAUAAGACACCUGGCGUUUGUUGAUCUUGGUAAUUCUACUGUCAUUUGUCCCAAGAUGCUGGUAAAUUUUAUGGUGGAUCAAAAUACUAUUUCCUAUUCUGCAUGUGGCACACAGAUGGCUUUCUGCAUCGUGUUCAUCGUAAGCGAACUUUUCAUCCUGUCGGCCAUGGCGUAUGACCGCUAUGUGGCCAUCUGUAGCCCUCUGCUCUACAAUGUUAUCAUGUCUCUGAGACUUUGCCACUUGAUGGUGGGCAUUCCAUAUCUCUACAGUACCUUUCAGGCUCUGAUGUUCACUAUUAAGAUUUUUACAUUGACCUUCUGUGGCUCUGACAUCAUCAAUCAUUUCUACUGUGAUAUUGUUCCCUUGUUACCUAUGCUCUGCUCAAAUGCAUGGGAAAUAGAAUUGUCGAUCAUACUAUUUUCAGCAUUUAAUCUGAUUUCUUCUCUCCUGGUAGUCCUCAUGUCCUAUAUGCUGAUUCUGUUAGCCAUAUUUCGAAUGCGUUCUGCAGAGGGGAGGAAGAAAGCUUUUUCCACGUGUGGUUCUCAUCUGACAAUGGUGGUUGUGUUCUUCGGGUCUCUCCUCUUUAUGUACGUGCAGCCUAAAUCCACUCACUCUUAUGAUACUGAUAAAAUGGCCUCUGUGUUUUACACGUUAGUGAUUCCCAUGCUUAACCCCUUGAUCUACAGCUUUAGGAACAAAGAGGUAAAAAAUGCCUUCCGCAGGGUCUUUAAGAACUAA